AUGGGCCUGCCCAUGGGCUCCACUGGCCCUGCUACUGUCGGAGCACGUGGUGGCCGUCGGCCGAAUGUGCUUAUAACGGGUACACCUGGCACGGGAAAGACGUCGACGAGUCAGCUGGUGGCGGAGGCGACGGGUCUGCGACACGUGAACGUGGGCGACCUUGUGCGACAGAAGGAGCUGCACGACGGGUGGGACGACGAGUACGACUGCUUCGUGCUGGACGAAGAUAAGGUGGUGGACGAGUUGGAGGAGAGCAUGAGCGCAGGGGGCGUGCUGGUGGAGCACCACUCGUGCGACUUCUUCCCCGAGCGCUGGUUCGACCUCGUCGUCGUGCUGCAGACCGACAACUCGCUGCUCUACGACCGCCUCAGCGCCAGGGGGUACACAGGCAAGAAGCUGCAGAGCAACAUGGAGUGCGAGAUCAUGCAAGUGCUGCUCGAGGAGGCCAGGGACAGCUACAAAGAGUCUAUAGUGCACCCCAUGCAGAGUGAUUCGUUAGAGGAUAUGGAGAGGAAUGUUGCAACAAUAAAACAGAUGGUGGCACAGUUGGAAGAGGGCGGAUAG